AUGGCUGACGCAGCACCCCGUGGACGUGGUGGAUUCGGUGACCGUGGCCGCGGCGACAGAGGCCGAGGAGAUCGAAGAGGCCGUCGUGGACCUCGCCGUGGAGGAAACAAAUCUGAAGAGAAGGAAUGGCAACCCGUCACCAAGUUGGGACGUCUGGUCAAGGCCGGAAAAAUCCAGAGCAUGGAACAAAUUUAUUUGCACUCUCUUCCCAUCAAGGAGUAUCAGAUCGUCGACUUUUUCUUGCCCAAGUUGAAGGAUGAAGUCAUGAAGAUCAAACCCGUCCAGAAGCAAACUCGUGCCGGUCAGCGAACUCGAUUCAAGGCCAUCGUCGUCAUCGGAGACAGCGAGGGUCACGUUGGUCUGGGAAUCAAGACAUCCAAAGAAGUCGCGACCGCCAUCCGCGCCGCCAUCAUCAUUGCCAAACUCUCCGUCCUUCCCAUCCGACGUGGCUACUGGGGCACCAACCUCGGUGAGCCUCACUCUCUGCCCACCAAGGAGUCCGGCAAGUGCGGUUCCGUCACCGUGCGUCUGAUCCCUGCUCCCCGAGGAACCGGUCUCGUCGCAUCUCCCGCCGUCAAGAGACUGUUGCAGUUGGCCGGUGUCCAGGACGCAUACACAUCCUCUGCCGGUAGCACCAAGACGCUCGAGAACACUCUGAAGGCCACCUUCGUCGCAGUCAGCAACUCAUACGGUUUCUUGACCCCCAACCUGUGGAAGGAGACCAAGCUCAUCAGAAGUCCCCUGGAGGAGUAUGGUGAUGUUCUGAGAGAGGGCAAGAAAUACUAG